AUGAGACUUAUUUUAGUGUUAUUGGCACUUGUUUUUAGUGUCAUUAGUGCUCAACAAAAUACAUGUUCUCAAAUUUGUAAAGAUAAUACUGAUUUAUGUUGUUCAUUAUCAUCGGAUAAUCAAUAUUAUUUAACUACACAAGAUUUAGAAGAACAAUCAUCAUGUGGUGAUUCAAAAGAAAAUACAUACUUUUUAGCUGGUUCAAAUCGUUUUGGAUGUGGAAAUACUGUUACUCUUUGUACAGUUGUUGAAGAAAAAGAAGAAGAAGUUGUCGAAAAACCACGUAAAUUUGGUCAUCACGGUGGUGGUGGUAUUGCUGGUGGAUUAAACUCUGCUGCAACAUCUUUAUCAUCAUUAGCUUCUGAUGUUUCAUCAGUUGCUUCAGUUGUUUCAUCACUUUCAUCAUCAAGCGGUCCAGAUAGUGGUAGUUCAGCUGCUCAAGGUAGUGGCGCUACUAGUGGUGAUGGUAAUGCACCAGGUUCAGGUUCAUCAGGUGGUACAUCUGGUGGUGGUGGUGGCUCAGGUGGUGGUUCAGGUAUGUAUAUCGAUCCACAAACUGGUCUCCCACGUAAAUUAGGUCAUCAUCACGGUGGUGGUGGUGUUGCUGGUUCAAUCGCCAAUGCUGCUAACGCAAUUUCUUCAGUCGCCUCAUCAGUUUCAUCAAUGACUUCAUCAGUUUCAUCAUUAGCCAACUCAGUUUCAUCAUUAGCCUCUGAUGCUUCAUCAGUUGCUGGUUCAACUGGUAGUUCAUCAACUGGUGGUUCAUCAGGUUCAUCAGGUUCAUCAGGUGGUGGUUCAUCAGGUGGUGGUUCAGGUGGUGGCUCAGGCGGUGGUUCAGGUGGUGGUGGUGGUUCCGGUAUGGUUAAACCAGAAGCCGAAAAACCAGAAACCGAAAAACCACGUAAAUUUGGUCAUCAUGGUGGUCACGGUGGUGUUGCUGGUUCAAUCGCCAAUGCUGCCAACGCAAUUUCUUCAGUCGCUUCAUCAGUUUCAUCAAUGACUUCAUCAGUUUCAUCAUUAGCCAACUCAGUUUCAUCAUUAGCCUCUGAUGCUUCAUCAGUUGCUGGUUCAUCAGGUUCAUCAGGUUCAUCAGGUGGCUCAUCAGGUGGUUCAUCAGGCGGUGGUUCAGGUGGUGGUUCAGGUGGUGGUGGUGGUUCAGGUAUGUAUAUCGAUCCACAAACUGGUCUCCCACGUAAAUUAGGCCAUCAUCACGGUGGUGGUGGUGUUGCUGGUUCAAUCGCCAAUGCUGCUAAUGCAAUUUCUUCAGUCGCCUCAUCAGUUUCAUCAAUGACUUCAUCAGUUUCAUCAUUAGCCAACUCUGUUUCAUCAUUAGCCUCUGAUGCUUCAUCAGUUGCUGGUUCAUCAGGUUCAUCUGGUUCAUCAGGUUCAUCAGGUGGUGGUUCAUCAGGUGGUUCAUCAGGUGGUGGUUCAGGUGGUGGUUCAGGCGGUGGUUCAGGCGGUGGUUCAGGCGGUGGCGGUGGUUCAGGUUUAUACAUUGACCCAAAAACUGGUCUCCCACGUAAACUCGGUCAUCACGGUGGUGGUGUUGCUGGCUCAAUCGCCAAUGCUGCCAACGCAAUUUCUUCAGUCGCUUCAUCAGUUUCAUCAAUGACUUCAUCAGUUUCAUCAUUAGCCAACUCUGUUUCAUCAUUAGCCAACUCUGUUUCAUCAUCAUCAAGUGGUUCAUCAGGUUCAUCAGGUGGUUCAUCAGGUGGCUCAUCAGGUGGUUCAUCAGGCGGUGGUUCAGGUGGUGGUGGUGGUUCAGGUAUGGUUAGACCAGAAACUAGACCAUACAGACCACAUACUUACAAACCAUAUGCUACCUGUGUUAGAGUUAAAGCUACUCAACAAGGUCCAGCUGUUGAUAUUGAAAAUAAAAUGGGUAAACCAGUUGUUUCAUCAUCAUCUCAAGUCUGUAAAGAUCUUUUUGAAUCAUCAUCAUGUCAAUGGAAUGACCAAAAAAUUGUUAUUGCUGUUGAAAGUCAUUUAGAAGAUGGUUUCCCAACUCAAGGUGCCUUCAAUGUAUCUCGUUCCGAAUACAGACACAUUGUACAACAAAGUGAAAUUUUAAAACAACAAUGUUUAAAUGGUAAAUGCAUUAAAAUCAAUUAA